AUGGUCGCAAGACGAUGUUUCUCCACCACCACAGCUGCAUCUACAACGCCCACCACCGUCACAGACAGAGACCACGAACAACAACAGCAGCAGCAACCAGAAGAGCAGCAGCAGCAGCAGAAACAGCAUGCCGCGUGUCGUGGCCGGCGUGGUCGGCGUGGCCGGCGCCAAGGCAUCAGGAGGAGCCGAGCUGGCGGAGGAGGACGGCUUCGGGCCGACAAUGAGGACCUGCUGACGAGAGCACUGGCGAUCAUGCGCGAAGAGGAGUCGGAGGAGAACCGCAGGACCGCCGAGAAUUCACGCCGGGAGACCAUUGAGCGAUUCAUGCAUGAGGCUACCAAUGCCGCACAGGGGGCAGAGAUGGCAGCGGAGCAGGCUACAGUGGCGAGAAAUGAGGGAGGAGCUGAGAUUGCUGCCGGACUGGUCUGGAGUCCGGGCGAUGCUGCGGCCGAAGCCCGCCAGGAGGCGGAGACAGCUCGUGCGGAGAGAGAGCGCGCAGUGGCGGCAAGGGCAGAGAUGAGGAAAUACCGCCCCACCCUCAUCGAAGCUGAAAGUAUGGAGGUCCAAGUGUCGGCAGCGGCGAGGGCCGCGCAAGUUGCGGAGAAGAUGGCCGAGAACAUGGUGGCAGCGGCAGCGGCAGCGGCAGCAGCGGCGAAGAACGAGGCGGACUACCAUCUGCAUCACCCGCAACUAGGCGAGGUGGUCGGUAUGGCACGCGGAGACGACAUUGUGCAGUUUCGCGGCCUUCCGUUUGCUGCAAUUCCGGGUCGAUUUCGACAGGCGACUCUGCUUGAGCAGCUCCCAGAGAAUCCGUUUGAUGCUCGGCAACCAGGCGCAUACUGUCCCCAGCCACACAUGCCGUUUCUGGAGUACUGGGACGGAGGACCUGUCAGUGGCUCUCCAGAGAUUGCCAUGCCGCCGAUGGACGAGUUUGCCUGUCUCAAUGUCGACAUUACGGCACCUCGGUCGGCCGUGGAGAGCGGCAACGCAGGCGUGCCCGUCCUCUUUUUCGUCCACGGCGGCGCGUACAUCGGCGGCAGCCACAGCGUCCAGGUGGCCCGGCGCGAGGUCUACGACGGGACCGAUCUCGUCCGCGCGUCCGUCGCCGCCGCCCUCCCCGUUGUCCUGGUCACCUGCAACUACCGCCUGGGCCCCCUGGGCUUCCUGGCGUCGGAGGAGCUGGCCGCCUUCAACGCGGCCCACGGCGAGCCCGUGGGCAACUAUGGGCUCCACGACCAGCGGCAGGCCCUGGCGUGGUGCGCGCGCUUCAUCGGGGGUUUUGGCGGCGAUGCCGGCGCGAUGACCAUCAGCGGCACCAGCGCCGGCGGCAGCUCCGUGCACUUCCAGAGCAUCUAUCCGGGCCCGCGGCACUUCCAGAGGGUGAUCGCGUCGAGCGGCACGAUGAUUGGCAUUGGCCCGAUGCCCACGAGCUACCAGCAGAAGAACUUUGAUGCGUACAUGGCCAAGGUGGGCGACGACGGAACACGCCGUCGUAGAACACGAGGCCGCGAUGCGCUUGACAUGGUCCGGCAACUGCAGCAGCUUCCUGUGGACGACAUGGUCACGCCCGUGACGACGGACAUUUACUAUCCCGUUGUCGACGACGAGUGGAUCAAGGGCGGCUACCUCCAGGACUUGGAGACGCCGCGCCGCGAGGACGGUAACGAGCCCGAUCUCAUGAUUGGUGCCUGCGCGUACGAGCAAGAUCUCACAACGACAAUUCUCAUGGACAUGGGCACCCGCCAGCCCCACGCCGACGACCACAUACGCGGCAAGCUGUUCAAUUUCUUCGCGUCCAACGGCAUGGUCGCCGACGCCAGCGCGUUUCCCUCGCCGCACAUCGCCGACGACUACGGCCUCACAGCGACCCUCAAGACGCCGUCUGCGGCCGUCGCGCCGUGGGCGGAAUUCAUGGCCGACGUGGCUUUUCGCAUUCCGCCGCUCCACAUUGCCCUCCAGCACCGCCGCGCCAGCGGUGUCCUCGUCUACAACAUCGAGGCCACAAAUCCCUACCCCAACUGGCCCUCGUCGUAUGGCCGGGCCAACCACGCCAUCAGCGACCUCUUCCUCUUCAACGCCGCCCCAGACCAGGUUCCAGCAGAGCUGCGUGAUGGGUACGGCGGCGCUGUCGCACAGAUCCGGUCGGCCUGGCUCCGCUUUUGCCACGGUAUCCUGCCGUGGCCGCCCCUCAGGACGACAGACGGCACACUGGGGCCCAUUUAUACGUUCCAGAACGGACCGGCCGGCCGCCUGAGCGAAACUUUGGAGGAAGCAGUUGGUGAGCAGAAGGCGACGAAAUGGAGGAGCAUUCUGCAGUCGGAUGCGACAGUGUAG